CUUGUGGUCUGAAACACCAAGAUCGUAGACCUGUAGGUUGCUGAUGGGAGCGGAGUUUGAGAUGACCAGGUCAAGUGUGUGUCCCCUGACAUGUGUGGGGACAUCGACAUGUUGUUGUAGGUUGAGGGAGUCCAGUAGCUGAAGAAAAUGAGCAGCGGAAUGACAUGAGGGGGUGUCGACAUGAAUAUUUAAAUCUCCCAGAAUGAUGGUGUUUGCAGACGUAGUACAUAGUGUUGUGAGGAGAUCAGACAUUUCCGGCAUGAAAGCAGAGUUGGGUUUUGGGGGCCGGUAGAUGAGGAGCACAAUCACGGGAUGAGGGGGUUUACAUUUGAAUGCAAGACACUCACAGGAGGUUGUAGGUAGUGGGGUGGGGAACAACUCCAGGUCCUGUCGGUGGAUGACAGCAUCAUCCCCAUCACAACCAUACCACAACCCUGCUCUACUGCCGGAUUACCAUCUUCGUCGAAUUUAAAGGAUAAGGUGCCAAGGAUGAUAAUGAAGCUGUUAGGGUUUUGGCUCCUUCCCUCAUUUCUUUGGGCUCUCCCGACCCCACAGAUGGGAACACGCCACUCUGACCAGGAACUCUGCCAGGAAUAUGAUCCAACGCUGCACCGGUACAACAGUUUAACCAGAGGGAUGGAUCUCGACGAAGCAGAGGGUGCUAGAAACGUGUCCUGCCUCAUCUACCCAGACAAGAUGCUCCGAUGCACCGUGUCGGGACAGUAUUUACCCAGAGGGAGCCAGCUCUCCGUCGCGGUCAUUAUUUCAGAUGAUGAGGAGAAGACAAGCAUCCUUCCGGAAUGUUCUGAGGCGAUUCAGCCCUCCAAGGAACCAGGCGACUCAAAGCCCUUUGUCGAGUGCCGAGUGGACCACACUUUCUCCUCUCUCACGGUCCUUCUGAACGCGUCAGGGCCGGACACUCACACCCUCUUCUGCCACACUUUCAGUUCUGAAUUGCUGGAGGUGCUGUCUCCACCACCGAACAUCACUGCGGAGGUGAAAGACGGGCAGCUGCUGGUGAGCUGGGGCCUUCCCUACAGUCUGCACUCCAAGAAACCUCAGUGCUUCGUCUACCAGGUUGACGACAAACAACAGGUAAAUGAAAUUCAACAAACAACCCACCUGGAGAGGCAAGUGGAUCCUGCUGUAGGCUACGCAGUCAGGGUGAGGACCAGGAUAAGCCCGAGCUGUCUGGGGCCUGAGGAGUGGAGCGCCUGGAGUGAGCCGAUUGGUUUGCCCGGUGGGUCACGCUACAAUCUAAACAAAGUUUUGAUCGGCAGUAUUUUACUUGGAACCCCUAUGAUUGUUUUGGCUCUACUUUUACUGCUUAGAAAACAUAGGGUGUCGAAGCUUCUCUUCCCCCAGAUUCCUCAACUGCCCAAGAAGUACAAGCACUUCCUGAAGAGACCCACAUCAUGUACUUUUCUCCCUGUGGUCCAGGCUGCAUAUGAGGAGGACAUCACAGUGGUGGAGUACACGCAGAGCUCAACCGAUGAGCUGAAACAGGACCUCUGACCUGCCCAAUGUUUCUCAAUGGAAUCUGUGUGGCUUGUGUUCCUCAGGUGGCACUUAAAGGGAUGAGCGCCUCAUUCGUCCAUCCAAACAGUACGGAGGACAGCAUGAACUCACCACUGCUCUGAGCAAUGGGUGAGGUCAUGCUGUCAUCCAAACAUUUUGGAUGACCGUCACUGUCCUACUUGUAUCCCCAAUGGGACGUCUCUUGGCUCUCUGGUUCUCAUUAAAAGAAAUGACUAACAAUCCGAGUGCAGCUGUGUUUCUUGGGUGUGUGUAUGAGAACAUGUGUGUCUCACUGCGUGUUAGGGUUUUGAGGACUGUAUGUGAGUGUACCCCUGUAUUCAAUCAUGGCCUGGUUUAGAAGUGCUGUCCACAAUAGACCCUAAGAUCCUCUCAAACAUGGGGUGCAGCGAUCCAACAUUCCCUUCCCCAUACAGAUAUUCAGGCGCUACUGUUGGCUGAUACCAUUGGCUGAUAGCGGUUUUCACAUACAAGCCUUUGUUUUACCCAAACAACAUAAAUGCAUAGGCCUAUUAUGUUUGAGAAGGAAACAGAAUGUGUGGUAGUGGAAUCAAGCCUUUAUUGAGAGGUUUUGUGGAUUGCCGUAAAAGACAUGCAUCAGCAAAGACCAUGGUUUUACUGCAACAAGACAGAGAAUACAGUUAAACAGUGAAACAAAUACGACGUAAAAACAGGAAAGGCAUGAAGGAAAUAUCAUCUA